UCAGCUGGGAAGCUGAUCCACUUUAACUUUCUCAGACAGUAAUAACGACCCGUCAGUAAGAGGUUUAUUCCCCGCAGGAAACUCACCUUCGUGUCCGUGGAUUGUUGGACUUUAAAAAAACCUCACUGUGAUUUACGAGGAGAAAAGACUGGUUUUAUUCUUGAGAUCUCCGGUGUUUUGUUGCCACAUUCCUGAAGUUUCUGCAAACAAGAUCACGUUUUUCACCCCAGAUAUGGCUUUUCAGUGCAGGAGAGGAAGCUGAUUGAUAAAAAUAUAUACUUCAGUCUUCUGCUCAUAGUCAAAACACUUUUUAAAAAGCAAAAAUGCCAGCAAAGACACCAAUCUACCUGAAAACUACAACCCCAAAGAAAGGGAAGAAGCUGCGGCUGCGUGACGUCCUGUCGGGGGACAUGAUCAGCCCCCCGCUGGGAGACGUGCGCCACAGCGCGCACGUGGGACCGGAAGGCGAGGGGGACAUGUUUGGAGACGUGGGUUUCCUCCAGGGGAAGAUGGACAUGCUUCCGGCCCACGGCCACGCCCGCUCGCACAGCGUGGACCGGGCCGCCACGCAGGAGCCCCGCAGCUUCGCCUACAACGGCUGCCACUACCAGCAGGCCUCCAACGGGCUGCUGAAGAGCACCGUGUCCAUGCCGGUGUGCGUCGCCCACGAGCAGGCCCCGCCCAAGCCGCCGCGGCUCCACCUGGACCAGCAGCCAGGGGAGCCGGGUGACGCUCAGCCGGAAGUCUGUGAAGCCCCCGCUGUGCGCAGGCUCGUCCCAUCAUCCGGGUCCUUCUCGGAGGCGUCGUCGGAGGACUCCGUGUCGGAGACGUGUGGACCCCCGGAUGUCCGCCGCGGCCUCAGCCUGGACUCGGACGCCGGGUUGAGCAACGAGGAUCUGAGCAGCGAGCGCAGUGACUCGCCAUGCCCGGUGCCGGGCCUCCAGCCGGCCGAAUCCCUGGCCAGGCUGGACCUGGACCUGGACCUGGGCCCGUCCAUCAUGGAGGACGUGCUGAGCAUCAUGGACCGCUAUAAGGGUGAAGACGACCGCUGCGAGCUGUGAGGACACGACGCUUUGAGACAUGCUGAGAAAAACGGGGAGACUUUACCUGAGUGCAGUGGCGUCCCCAGGAGGGGGGCAAGAGGGGGCCAGGGCCCGGUCUGGAAUAAUGUGAGGGGGGCAAGAGGGGGCCAGGGCCCGGUCUGGAAUAAUGUGAGGGGGGCAAGAGGGGGCCAGGGCCCGGUCUGGAAUAGUGUUAGCACUCCAGUAAAUCAUGUUCAGGUCAGACAAAGGCAUUCAAUCAUCUCAAGACAUGCACAUAAAACCCAAUAUAUACAUUCAUACAAAACAAUUCCAAAAAAUAUAUAUAAUGAUAUAAAAAAGUGUGAUAUAAAUCACACUUGUUUAAGAAAGUUAAACAUCUGGAAGGAGCCAAUUUCAAUUGGAAAUGUUUUUCUGAAAGCAGUAUUUGUGUUUGUGGUGCCAUGAAUGCUGAUUCAUGCAUUCAUAGCCAAAUAGUUACCUAAAAUAACAAGUAAUAAUAAAUUCUUUGUCAUUAUUUUUUAUCAUUUUCACAAUAGUAUCACAAAAUAUUGUGAUAAAAUUCGAAGUCCAUAUCGCCCAUCCCUAAUAUUUUUCCUUGCCUGGUCUGGCCUCUGGGGGGCGCCACUGAUGAAAUGCAGAACUGUUGCUGCUUUAGAUGCUUCUCCGGAACAUGAAUCCCGACACAAAUCAGCCGCCAUCGAAGCGCAGAGCACUUCCUGUUCCCCUUUCUGCUCCUUCAAUGGUUGACCACGUGAUAUUCCCAGACGGACCUGGGAAACCAAACAGCUGCACAUUCAUUAUUAGAAACGUCGCUGGAUCUUCUGUCCAAUUAUGUCUCCUUGGAUUAAUUUUUUUAGAUUUCAGUCACCAGCUACUGUUGAUAAGCUGUUGUUGUUGUUUUUUAUCAGAAAGAGACUCAGGAUGUUUCCGUUUUUAUUUUUGGAUGGUUUGGAAGCUUUAAGUGUCAGAAAAAUGCUCCUUUUUGCAGAUUUCCUGUUUAAAAUCUCCGUCAACAUGAACUUCCUCCAGCAUCACAGUAGCCUACCAUUGAAAUGUUAUUUUAUUCUGUAAAUAUUUCUGUAAAUCUAAAAUAAAGAUAUUUCUUAUAAAUAAAGUCUGCUUUCCUGGA